AUGGCGCAGGUACUGAAUGGUACGCUGCAAGGAGACGAUCUACUAGCUGCGACUUACAGGCAAGGUACAUUAGAGUGGAAUCUCAAAAAUGAAAGCUUGCCAUUGCCAACUGUGCGCGUACAGCGACAGGAUGCGCACUAUCAUGUUCGUGCUUUAUGGCAUAAAGCAAUGGGCGCUGUUUCGCCCAAUAAAAAAAAGCUGCAAAUAGGGUCGCAAUUCCGCUACAGUAAGCUUGAAAAGGGGGAAAUUCGAAUCUUAAGCAUACACCCAGGGAAAGACGAAGAUCCUUUGAGAGCUACCCUUUUCAAACGCAAAUUAGAAGAUGUUCGUGGCGGAUAUGAGGCUCUGUCUUACACGUGGGGAAACCCCAAAGAGAAGCCCUUAGACAAAAUAAUGAUCCGCGACCUAGACGCAGAGCUACCUCAGACAGUAAAUAUGAAAACGGUGGUUCAAACUGCGGUCGUUAAAUCCGUCGGAGGGGCCCCUUUCAGCAUCCGAAAUAAUCUGUAUCGAGCACUUAUGAGGCUGCGGAAAAUGACUGAUAGCCAUGUCAAUAUCUGGGUAGACGCAAUAUGCAUUGACCAAUCGGACUCGGGUCAUAGAGAAAAAGAACAGCAAUUGGCCAUGAUGGCCCAAAUCUACAACUAUGCAUCUCAUGUCUGCAUCUGGUUGGGCGACGGCCUCGAGCAUGCCGAAGGUGCCUUUAGCCUCGUUCGAGACAUCAUGAACUUCAAAAAAUUCGAUACCAAAGUCCAAAGCUCUGACACAAAGGAAAAUUGGAUUCAACUUAUUGAGAUCAUGAAGGCCGCUUGGUUUAGUCGCCGAUGGAUCAUCCAAGAAGUCGCUCUUUCGAAGAGCGCAUCGUUACAUUGCGCCAACCAAGUUGUCCAUUGGGACGAUUUUGCCGAUGCCGUAUCGCUUUUGCUAGAAAAGAUUCAUGUUUUGAGAGCUAAAUUUGACGAGGAAAUAUUUGAAGAUGUUGAGACAACAAGCGCUUCGAUUCUCAUUCAAUGUCUCGACAAUAUUUGCCACAAGUCCUUCACGGGAGACGUGUUAGCCAAACUUUUAGAUCUCGAAACUUUGGUCUCAACCCUUCUUGGUUUUCAAGCGACAUCGCCUCGGGAUACUAUUUACUCAGUUCUAUCGUUGGCCAAUGACCCCCCUAGCGAAGAUGAGCCCUGGGCCGAAAUACAUUCUGAGCAACUCGAGAGUAAUUGGAGAAACGAUCACGAUGUACCAUUAAGCAAGGAUGAUUUACGGGAAUUAAAAAGAAAAAUUGCGUUGCUUCCAAAUUAUACAAUUAGUACACGAGACGUUUUCAUUGCAUUUGUUACUCGUUCAAUAUAUAAAUCGAAAAGUCUUGAUAUCAUCUGCCGGCACUGGGCACCUAAUGUCACUGAUGACAAGUUCUCGGAGAAAGUACCCAUGCCUUCUUGGAUCUCGAACAUAUACAAAGCGCCCUUUGGUGGGCCUGAUUCCUCGAAAGGGCGACAGAACGGCCAAAAUUUUGUCGCCUAUCUUCCUCAUGACCGACGGAAGCGAUACAGGGCUUGCGGAUCCUACUCGGCUGAAUUUUCUAUGGCUUUAGAUCCAUUUCUUUUAUCCACCGACGGCCCGUCUCUAAGAAAGAGUAUGAACAGGAAUAGAGCUCAUAGCCUUCGCGCGCAAUUUUCUUUACAACCUCUUUCUUCACCCCACCCCACCACGGUACUAUCUCCAGUGGAGAACCGCUCAACAUGGAUUGACCGGUUUCCCAAACUACAAAUAAGCGUGACAAAUGGCCUGUCAACUCCGCCAUCUCCAACAGUAGUAGAAUCCCCUUUGUCUCAAGAAACCAAUAGAAUCGGUUCAACACCUGCCGUUACACUCAGCGACCCAUCUGGAGAAACAACUGGCAUAAGUCCGGCUAUAAGACCUGAAAUCCCAAGAUCCAGUCGAAACAGCGUCUCUGGAAAUAUGAAGUCUCGCCGAAAUUCUAUCCGACUUGUUCCAUCGGACGUCGAGAGAAAGUAUCAACUCAGCGGCGUGAUCAAAGUCGGUGGACUUGUGCUUGGGAAAAUAAAAUAUCAAUCAGAUGUUAUGCGAGGCGGCAUCAUCCCUGGCGAGUGGGUUACUCGGCUAGGCUGGAGAGCUGAAGAGAAAAAGAACAAAGUCCCAGAUACGCUCUGGCGACUUUUGGUAGCUGACCGCGCUGCUGGAGGUGGAAAGCCGCCAUCAUGGUAUCAACGGGCAUGCUUGCAUGGACUGGUUGACCCUCGUGUAUCUGACAACGAGGGCAAUAUCCACUCUGUCACGCCGCCGAACCGCAAAAUUUCGGAGAUGACAACAGAAUACUUUCACCGUGUUGAGACAGUAGUUUGGAACAGAAGAUUGUUUGAAGCCGAGGCUGAUGUAAGCCAUUUAUCGGAUGUCCAAGUUCUUACACCAGAGACCAAACAGGCAAUGAUCAUUUUCUGCAAAGAUAUUCGCUCUGGGUCAGCAUCAGGGCCAAAAAGUCUCUUUGGACUGGCACCUAAAGAAGCCGAAGAAGGAGAUUUGGUGUGCAUUCUUUUCGGUUGUACGGUUCCUGUAAUCUUGAGACCUAUAGAAGACCUGGGGCUGUAUAAGCUGGUUGGAGAAGCGUAUGUGCAUGGUGUUAUGGACGGCGAAGCGAUGAUCAGCAGCGAAGUGGUGGAUGAGAUGAGAAUAGAUUUCCAAAUAUGCUAG